GGACCGACCCUGACGCGGAGGACCAGCCCCGCCGGCCGAGGCCCCUGCAGCCAGGACAGAGGGUCGGACAGGUGAGGGCCCAGCAUCCCGUCCGCACUCGCCCGGAGCCCAGCCUCGGGCUGUGAGGAGGCGGGGCCCCCUCCGCACCGUCUGGCCCCUCCCAGCCGGUCCGGGCCCUGGCGCCACAGCGGGGCUGGCAGCCCGCGUCUGAACGGGAGCCGGUGCGGAGGGUGGACCCCGGCCCUGCCCGCACUGCGGGGGUGGAACCGCGGGUUUCCAUGGAGCCUCCUGAGCCGGCGGGGAGCGUCCUCGCCGGAGGAGGGGUGGAGCCUAACCCACCCACCACGCUGCCUCCUGGCAGCCUCCUGCCCGGGUGCCCCAGGCGGGGGAAGGGGGGCAGCUCACACGCCCCCAUGUGGCCCAGCCUGGUUUUCAGGUCGCGGUGCACACGCUGCAAAGCUGGGGUCACUCUCCCCGCCUUGUCCUGAAACCUAGGAGCUUGGGGGGUUCCGACCACCCUGAGACGGCUGCGUCAGCAGUGUCUGCAAAGGGGAGCGGGCUGGGGGCCCAGGUGUGCUCUUGGGGGACAUUACUCAGGCCGGGGCCAUGCCAAGUGUCAAGGGCGGACAGGCCAGCGUUGCAGCCUAAGGACCAUGCCUGGACCUGGUGUGGCCGCCUCGGGACUGGGGCCUGGAGCAUCCAGCUGUCCCCAGUGAGGCGGCCCUGGCUGCGCGGGGGAGGGGCUCCAUGCAGCCUCCUCCAGGGGAGCAGGAGACGGACUGUGACUGGGCAGAGCUGGCUGGGCCAGGGGAGAGCACUGGUCACCAGGGGCUAUGGCGCCAGCAGCAAUAAGGUCGUACAUUAGGCCCCAGAUGAGCUCCGUCCUUCCAGCCAUGGGCACCAGGGAACACCCCUGCUCUUCCUGCCGGUCGGGGACCAGGAAGGGGUCUGACCAAGCCUGCAUCUAACCACAGCAAUGGCAUCGCCUUUUCAGCCGACCCACGCGUGUCAUCCACUAGAAAGUGGCCAGGACGAUGGGUUAGAACCUGAGCGGCUGAACAGCUGGGCUCCUUCCGCAGGGGCUGCAGGCGGCGGCAUGGAGCGAGUGUCCGCGGCCUCGGCCAAGGCCCCACACCAGGGCUGCUCCGCCCCCCGCGCCCCAGGGCCAAAGCCCCACGAGGCCGAAUGAGCUGCAGCCGCCAGCCUGGGGACCUCGUUUAAGAUGACCCGCACGGACCCGCCGGAUCUGCUGGUGUCGACGGUGUACCAGGACAUCAAGGUGGCGGCCCCCGGGCCCUCGCCCAGGCGCCCGCCAUGUGAGCGCCCCACGGCCCGGCCCGCUGCGCCCGUGCCUUUCAACAAGCGCCACUGCCGCAGCUUCGACUUCCUGGAGGCGCUGGACGGGGCCCCGGCCAUGGAGGGCCGCCCCGAGCCGCCGCCCCCAGAGCUCCCUGCGCCUCGCUCCCGGCCCCGCGACAGCGAACCCCGGCGCCGCGCCCGCUCCAAGAGCGCGCCCCGCGAGCCUCCGGGCCUGGCGCCCGCGCCCGCCUCGCCGCCAGUGCUGCCGCGCCGAGGCCGAGAGGUCCAACGGGCAGCGCGGGCCGAGGGGUCGCCACGCCGGGAGCCCUCGUACCCCGCGCUGCGCGCGCUCGCCAAUGAGCUGCACCCCAUCAAGCUGCAGCCGCAGCGGGGCGGCCCUGGCCGCAUCGCGCCCCUGUGCGCCGUCCCCGACCGCUAUGCGCCGCCGGAGCUUCCAGCCGGGCCUGCCCCCCACGUCCGCUGCCGCCUGGACAUCAAACCCGACGAGGCGGUGCUGCAGCACGCCGCCCGGGGGUCGCGGCCCUGCGGGCCCGCCCAGACCGCACCCUGGGCCCGCGCUGCGCCGCCUCUCCACGGCCUCACGGUGCCCGGGCCACACCACGUGGCGCUGUCGCGCACCCCCACGCCCAGCGACUCCUACUGCGCGGACCCCCGGGGGCCGUACUGCGAUGGGCUCCUGCCCGGGCCGCGGGACUAUGCGGAGCGGCGCAGUCUGCCCUUCCCCGCCCCGCCCGGGCCCUCCCAAUUCUUCUACACCGAGGAGCCCGACGGCCACGCCGGCGGCUUUGCGGCCAGCCCGGGCCCCCCCUGUGACAGCUACUUCCCCAGACCCUUCCGGCCCGAGGAGCCCGCGAGGCCCAGCCCACGGCGUGGGGGCAGCUACCUGGCGUGGGAAGCGCGCACCUUCCCGUUCCACGAGCCGCCCUUAGGCUCCUGCUACGGAGACGCCCCCCGAGCCCACAUCCAGCCCUGGGGUCCCUGCCAUCCGCCCACGGAGACCCAGGCCCAGCCCGCCGCCCGACCCUUUUACACAGAGGACUUGGGCCGGUACCGAGACCGCGACGCCCUGGCUCGGACGUACCCAUACCCACGCGGCAGCCCGGCCUGGGGCGACUGGGGCCCGCGGCCUUACCGAACCCUGCAGGUGGCGCCGCCCCCGGCCCCAGGCCCGCUGCUCGCCUCCUGGCACGGGGGCACCGGCACCAGCCCGCCCCGCCUGGCCACCGACAGCCGCCACUACUCGCGCUCCUGGGACAACAUCCUGGCGCCCGGGCCGCGCCGCGAGGACCUCCUGGGCCGCGGGCGCAGCUACGAGAACCUGCUGGGAGGGGAGGCCCGGGAGCCGCGGGGCACCUCCCCGGGAGGCCGGCGCCCGCCGGUCGUCGUCAACCUGUCCACCUCGCCUCGACGCUACGCUGCGCUGUCGCUGUCGGAGACGUCGCUGUCGGAGAGGGGCCGCGCGGGCGAUGGCCCCGGCCGGAGCUGGUACGUCACCCCGGAGAUCACCAUCACGGACAACGACCUCCGCGCCGCCGAGCGCCCGACCACCAGGGGCUGGGAGCUGCCCGGGGGCCGCCGGCGGCCGCCCCCGCCCGCCGCCCCCGACGGCCCCACCUCCGGUCGCCAGCGCAGCCUCGAACAGCUGGACGAGCUCAUCACGGACCUGGUGAUCGACUCCCGGCCCCUGGCCGGCCAGGCUCCCCACCCCGCGGCCGACGGCCUGGGCCGCCAGCUCCGCCGCCUGCUGGACUUGCGGCCCGCGGGCUCGGGGGCCCCGGCGAUGGCGCCGCGCUCGCCCCCCGCGUCCGCAGGCAGCGCCGAGGAGCCCUCGGGGGCGGGGCAGGCGGCAGACGAGUCCCCCGAGCCCAGCGCGGACGAGGACGACCUGAUGACCUGCUCCAACGCGCGCUGCGGGCGCACCGAGACCCUGUUCCACGCCUGCCUCUACUUCAAGUCCUGCCACAGCUGCUACACCUACUACUGCUCGCGCCUGUGCCGCCGCGAGGACUGGGACGCGCACAAGGCGCGCUGUGUGUACGGCCGCGUGGGCAGCGUGUGCCGCCACGUGCUGCAGUUCUGCCGCGACAGCGGGCCGGUGCACCGCGCCUUCUCGCGCAUCGCCCGCGUGGGCUUCCUGUCGCGCGGCCGCGGCGUGCUCUUCCUGGGCUUCCCGAGUCCCGGCUCCGCGGACAACUUCCUGCGCUUCGGCCUCGAGGGGCUGCUGCUGUCGCCCACCUACCUGUCCCUGCGCGAGCUGGCCACGCACGCGGCGCCACUGGGCAGCUACGCGCGCGAGCUGGCGGCCGCCGGGCGCCUCUACGAGCCGGCCGAGUGCUUCCUGCUCAGCGUGUCGGUGGCCGUGGGCCCCGGCGCCACUCCCCCCGGCGCCCCUGCCCGGCCCGCGCCACGGAGCCCGGGGCCCACGGUGCGCAAGUUCGCCAAGGUGGCGCUGGCGGCCGGCAGCCCUGCUCGGCCACCCCCGACGCGGGGGCUGGAGCCCGACAUGGAGACGCUGAUCCUGACGCCGCCGCCGGGCACGGCGGGCCUGGACCAGGAGGGCGAGGCGGGCCGGCGCGCGCGGGAGGUGGCCUUCAUCCACAUCCAGCGCGAGCUGCGCCUGCGCGGCGUCUUCCUGCGCCACGAGUUCCCGCGCGUCUACGAGCAGCUCUGCGAGUUCGUGGAGGACAACCGGCGCUUCACGCCCACCACCAUCUACCCCACGGACCGGCGGACCGGCCGCCCCUUCAUGUGCAUGAUCAUGGCCGCCUCGGAGCCUCGCGCUCUGGACUGGGUGGCCAGCGCCAACCUGCUGGACGACAUCAUGUGAGGCCGGGCGCCAGGGCCCCACGCAAUCCACGUAGGCCCCGCCCCGUCCGCCCUCUAGCCCCGCCCAGUCGCAGGCCCCGCCCCUCCAGGGAUGCCCCGAG